AGCAAACCAGAGAGAAGACGAGAGAAGGAUCGGGAGAGAGACCCAGAGAAAGAGAAGAGGAAGCCGAGCUCUGUGAGGUCUCAACCUCCAACUUGUUUCAGUUCAUUCAUCCUUCUCUUCUCUCCGCUUCGGGGAAGUGACUGUGGCGCUUGGUCUCUACAAGUUGGUGCCUAAGAAGAUGAUAAUCACACAAAUGAGUCACUUCUACAUGGCUAGCCUUGGGCUUCUCUUCCUGGUUAAUAUUCUCCCUGGAACAACUGGCCAAGGGGAGUCAAGACGACAAGAACCUGGGGACUUUGUGAAGCAGGAUAUUGGCGGGGUGAGAAAGGAAGGUAGACUAGAUGCAAUUCAAGGGUCUGUCUGGCUCUGUUGUUCUGUGAACCUAUGUUUCUCCAGGCUAAAAGAGGGACUCUCUCCUAAGCAUGCCCCAGAUAUUCCUGAUGACAGCACUGACAACAUCACUAUCUUCACCAGAAUCUUGGAUCGUCUUCUGGAUGGCUAUGACAACCGGCUGCGACCUGGGCUUGGAGAUGCAGUGACUGAAGUGAAGACUGACAUCUAUGUGACCAGUUUUGGCCCUGUGUCAGACACUGACAUGGAGUACACCAUUGAUGUAUUUUUUCGACAGACAUGGCAUGAUGAAAGACUGAAAUUUGAUGGACCCAUGAAGAUCCUUCCACUGAACAAUCUCCUGGCUAGUAAGAUCUGGACCCCUGACACCUUCUUCCACAAUGGCAAGAAAUCAGUGGCCCAUAACAUGACCACACCUAACAAGCUUCUCAGGCUGGUGGACAAUGGAACCCUCCUCUACACAAUGAGGUUAACAAUUCAUGCUGAGUGUCCCAUGCAUUUGGAAGAUUUUCCUAUGGAUGUGCAUGCCUGCCCACUGAAGUUUGGAAGCUAUGCCUAUACAACCGCUGAAGUGGUUUAUUCUUGGACUCUUGGAAAGAACAAAUCUGUGGAAGUGGCACAGGAUGGCUCUCGCCUGAAUCAGUAUGACCUCCUGGGCCAUGUUGUUGGGACAGAGAUAAUCCGGUCUAGUACAGGAGAAUAUGUCGUCAUGACAACCCAUUUCCAUCUCAAGCGAAAAAUUGGCUACUUUGUGAUCCAGACCUACUUGCCAUGUAUCAUGACUGUCAUUCUGUCACAAGUGUCUUUCUGGCUCAACAGAGAGUCUGUCCCUGCCCGCACGGUCUUUGGUGUCACCACUGUUCUCACCAUGACCACCUUGAGUAUCAGUGCCAGAAACUCCUUACCUAAAGUGGCAUACGCGACGGCCAUGGAUUGGUUCAUAGCCGUCUGUUAUGCCUUUGUAUUUUCUGCGCUGAUUGAAUUUGCCACUGUCAACUACUUCACCAAGCGGAGUUGGGCUUGGGAAGGCAAGAAGGUGCCAGAGGCCUUGGAGAUGAAGGAGAUGUGCCACUUGAUGGUUGAAGCCUUUUGGAGUUAUUUCUCGGGUAACCAAAAAGUGUCUCGCGCCUAUAGAAAGCAGCACAGUGCACCCCUGGAUAAAAGUCAGGACCCCAGAAGAAAACACCAGCAGCCCCAGCAAAGAAAACCAGCACCACCUUCAACAUCGUGGGGACCACCUAUCCCAUCAACCUGGCCAAGGACACUGAGUUCUCCACCAUCUCCAAGGGCGCUGCUCCCAGUGCCUCCUCCACCCCAACAAUCAUUGCUUCGCCCAAGACCACCUACGUGCAGGACAUCCCGACUGAGACCAAGACCUACAACAGUGUUAGCAAGGUUGACAAAAUUUCCCGCAUCAUCUUUCCUGUGCUCUUUGCCAUUUUCAAUCUGGUCUAUUGGGCCACAUAUGUCAAUCGGGAGUCAGCUAUCAAGGGCAUGAUCCGCAAACAGUAGAUAGUGACAGCACAGCAACCAGAGCACUAUAUACCCUAGGAAGCAUCCAGGCACACAUACCCCGGGGCUCCCCUUCAUGUGUUUAAGGAUUCUUCUUUUAACCCUCCAACAAGCCAUGGCUCUCAAUUCAUAUUUAUGAAUCUCAAUAAAAAAACAAUAACAACAGAAAAAAAAUGUCCCUCUGACAUUACUGAGUGUACUCUCAGAGCCAAACACUGCCGUUUGUCCAGUUGCUCAUCUUAAUCUGCCAGUCUCUCCCAGCUGAGGGCACUGCAUGUUUUUUAUUGCACUCUGCCCUCUGCAGAAAGAACAGGAGAUCUACUACAUGUAGUGGGAGAUUUGGCUGUUUGAGAGGUCCAGACCAAGGAGAAUUGUUGACUGGUCUAGAUCAGAUGAUUCUGACUCACUAGGGAGCCAGGCUGGGCUAUCCCAUGUGGGAAAGUUACCUCCUUGCCAAGGCAAUUAGUCAAAUACUAGAUGGGACAAGAGAAUUGGGCUGGGGGGUAGUUGAGGCUUGAAGUCUGUCUCAAAAGAGAGGGCUACCAGCAGGCAAAAGUCAAAUUCUUCCUUCCAUAUCUGCCACACCCCAAACCCUAGCCCAAGCCCAAGAACUUUGCUCCCACUGUGUCAGGGACCUCUGGUCCUCUGUUGAUGCUGAUUCUAAGAGGGGCAAAUCAGAGUCUAGUUGAUUUUUGAGUCAACUAAAACAUUAUCUUUAUUAUCAGUUUGAUAAUAUAGUAUUUAUAGGCCGUUUGAUCUCAUUCGUUCAUAGUGGGAGUAAAAGGGACAGUUAUAAUUAUAAAAUUUUAUAAGGUAGAUAAACUAAGUCUCAGAUGUUUGAGUGACUUGCCUAAGCUCCUUACAACUGUCUGUAAUAGAAAACUAUCUUGCACCCCUUUCCAAGGCCAAAAUGAAGAAAUGGCUAAGAAACAAGGUCUACCUUGACUUCAGAAUUGGCACAAUCUCAGCAGGCCUGCUGAGUCCUGAAUACAGUUUAGUUGGACACCAAAAAGAUUUUUAGAAAGUCACAAUAUGUCACCCAAGCAGGCCACUUCUAACAGUCAUGGCUCAAGGGAAUGAGAUUGUUUAAGCUGGCAGCCCCAGCCACUAGUCCAGAGUAUCCUAGAAGCCCAAAGUAAAGCCACAGAUGGCACCAAAAGCAGAUUCUCCCUGCCCACUCCAUGAACAAAGCUCCUAAGGGGUCUGUCAUUAGCUGCUGGUUGCCUUUUCACACAUCCUUCUUCCCCCAUCCCCUGCUUCCUUGCCAUUGCUGGGAUAAUGCAUGCCAGUCCCGUUAUUCCUAAGACUGUGUCUGUAGGUUAAUUCAUGACUAGAAGAGUGUAGUGUUGUGGAUAUGUGGGGAUUGG